UCGGAGGAAGUGGUUAUCUAGGGCAGCACCUCCUCGCCACACUCGCCACUGCUGAGGGUGAGACGCCUUACGAUUUGGCUUUUACUCACCACCGUCCGAUCCCGCCGCAGGAGCUGGUCGACGCCGUCUCCCCGGUUAUGUACUUUCGAGUCGACCUCUGCACCGGCGAGGGCUUCGAAUCCAUCUCCACUACAUUCGGAAAGCCACACGUUGUUGUUAAUUGUGCUGCACUCUCUGUUCCUCGUGCAUGCGAAGUGGAUCCUAUUGAAGCCAUGGCAACUAAUUUACCUGCCUCGCUUGUUAAUUGGUUAUCAAGCUUCAGGGACAGCAAUAUUCUGUUAAUUCAUCUUUCCACUGAUCAAGUGUAUGAAGGGUCAAAAUCAUUCUACAACGAAGAAGAUGAGACAACUCCAGUAAACAUGUAUGGAAAAUCUAAAGUGGCAGCAGAGCUGUUUAUUACUGAACAUUGGUCGAAUUUUGCCAUUUUACGCAGUAGCAUAAUCUAUGGUCCACAAACAAUAUCUCCUGUUUCAAAGUCCCUCAUCAUACAGUGGAUCGACAGCAGUCUUUCACAUGGUGAAGAAAUAGAAUUCUUCCAUGACGAGUUUAGGUGUCCAGUUUAUGUCAAAGAUGUCGUCAAUGUCAUAUUAGCAUUGACCAAAAAGUGGAUAUCAGAUGGAAAUCAAAUCAAAUUAGUUCUAAAUGUUGGUGGACCUGAUAGAUUGUCGAGGUUACAGAUGGCUGAAGCAGUUGCAGACUAUCGAGGAUAUGAUCGAUCACUGAUCAAGCCUGUAUCUGCUUCAUCUAUCAAUCGUGGAGUAAAGUCCCCCGCAGAUAUAUCUAUGGAUAUUGGCAGGUUGAUUGAGGUACUACGGAUCAAUCCUAUUUCUUUUAAAUAUGGCGUCCAAUUGACACUUGAAAAUGCUUCAUGACCUCGUAAUUUGAAAUAAAUAAAUAAAUAAAUAAAUGAUCAAAAUAUGUAAGUUAUUCUGUUGGUUUAAUAUGCUUGUAAUAUGUAUUAUUUCUGUCACAUUUUUUGAAAGUCUCAAGGGUGGAGAUGAAUGGGGUGACUUGUAUUAUAUUUUGAA